GAAGAGGACUUAGACGAUGAAAUUAAUGAUGAACAAUUAGCUGAUUUAAUAUCGAAAACGAGUAACAAUUUUAUAAAACAGAUUAUUUUAAAAGUAAAGCGGAUUGUACGAUUUUUUAAAAAGAGCGAAAUUGCUACUUCCAAAUUAGAGAAACUGCAAAUAGUCUAACGUUGAAAAUAAAACAACGUUAAAAUUAAUUCAAGAGGUAAAAACAAGAUGGAACUCUUGUUAUGAUAUGUUGGAAAGGUUCCUCUUAUUAUCAGGAUUUGUCACUGUUGUUUUGAUGAAUCUUCAGCGAAACAGAAGUUCAAAAAGUAAGCCUCCUAUCAUGUUGACUGCUGUAGAGUUGGAAAUUAUGCAGGAGGUAAAAGACGUGUUGAAACCACUUUGGCAGGUUACACUUGAAAUGUCUUCCGAAAAAAUUGUAACAUUAAGCAAAUGCAUACCCCUGAUCAAUGCAAUGAGAUGCAAAAUUAAUGGAAUCGAGACAAGAACUAAAGACGGUUUUAAUUUUAAGAAAAAGUUACAAUCUUUAGUUGAAGCAAAAUUUUCAAACGUAGAGUUUGUAAAACCGUACUCAGCUGCGACUCUUCUUGAUCCAAGGUUUAAAAAAGACGUAUUCACUAACAUAGUUGCUGCAUCAAAAGCAGUAACACAUAUUGGUUCAUUGGUAUCAGAAUGUAUUGGAGUUGAUUCUAGAAAUCUAGUUCAAAAUUCUCAAAAAGUUUCAAGCUCAGAGGACAGUCUUUGGUUUGAAUUUGACCAGUCAGUGAAAGAUAAGGUCUUAAACGCUGAUCAAGAUGUUGCUGGUGGAAUCCCAGUGGAAAUGAGACAAUAUUUAAAUAGACCCAUCAUUAAUCGUAUAGAAAAUCCUAACCCGCUAGCUGCCUGGGCUGUUUUAAAAGGAGAAUAUCCUCAUGUAUAUAAAGUGGCGCUUCAAUUUCUACCGGUUUUAGCCACCUCUGUUCCAGCAGAGAGACUUUUCUCUCAUACAGGGCUAAUAGCGACAAAACUUAGAAAUCGAAUUUCUGGAAAGCACCUAGAUCAACUAGUAUUUAUGCGUAGUUUGGACGAAAAAUGGUUUAAUUAGUUGUACUUAAAAAGAUAAUGUUUAUAAAUAAAUGUUACAUGUUUGAUUAUAUGUAUUACAAAUAUAAUAAGUUAAUUGCACAACAUAAUACAGUUUUUUAUCCAAAAAAGUCGAAAAGUCGAAAAAAGUCGACUUUUUCUUAUCGAUCAGUCGACUUUAAAGUCGACUCAAACAGAGUCGAUCGAAAAGUCGAAAGUCGACUUUCUGGUGAAGUCGAACAACCCUAACUCAGGACUCAGUUUUGACUUGGUGUGCCGUAUGGUGGGGGAAGGCUUUUUUCCCUCACGGGACUAACUUGGACAUCACUCCUUGUACACCCAGAGAAAAAAGUUAUUUAUUUUAACUAAAAGUGUAUAUUUAAGAAAAAUUUAUUUGUUGCAAAUAAAUAUUUUAUU